CGGGGCAUCCUUGGCCGACGAUCAAGUACUUACUUGAACACUUGAACAUUUUCUCACACUUGCUUGCCGAUCGCGGAACGUGCUUGCUUCAAUACUUGUUUACUCUUAGUGUUAACUGACUCGCGACUUAGUGAUUUGAACUUGUUCCUUGUAUCAAGAAGAGAUGGACUUUAACAUUAUGUGAUUGUUAUUUUAAAUAUGGAUUACUUUAUAGACUUUAAGACUAAGUAAAUGGAAUCAAACUACACUAUAUCAUCCCUCCCUAAAAGGUAUUGACAUGGGCGACUAUUCUUAAAGUGGGGACGAUUUCUGGAGGGGGGACCUGAACGACCAAUAACGCUUCAACUUAUGAUGUCAUCGGAGGAGGAGACAGAGUUCGGUUUGUACACAGAUAAGCUCCUGAAGAAAACUAAAAGAACUAGACAGCGUGUUGACGCCGGCGAGCCGCGUAACUCAUAUUCCUCGAUCCCGAACUUCAGUUCGCGACCGACGUUUCUUGGUGGCGGUAAUAAUUUAUACGGCGCAAUUUUUACCCAACAGCAACAGUUCGGUCUAUUCGGACCGGGGUUUGCACCCGCGAAAAUGCUUAACGAAUUAUUAGGCCGGCAAAAGCCGGAUACCGGUGCUGACGGUGAAGAUGUUAAAUUUGACUCAGUGAUAAGGUGCGACGGAAGUCCGCCUUCGGGAGAACAACUCGCUCAUCACAUGCUCAGAGACAUCCUUCAGGGCAGAAAGCACGAAUUGCUCGCGCUUGAACACGACCUGCGCAACGGCCAAGACCACAUUAUCAACAACAAUAACAACGAACCCAAGGCAAGUCCAGAACGUAACGACGUAGAUGCUGUGGCUAUGAAGGAGUGCCUUUCGGAUACUGCUGCUGCGGCCGCCGACAGGCAAUCGGAACUUAUGGAAGAGGCUCUCAACGGUAUGGAGACGGAGUCUUUGCCUUCGCCGAAAGCGGAGCCGGCCAGUCCGGCUAAACCGGAGGAUGCUAAAAAAGCCCGCGUUGAGAACAUUGUAUCAGGUAUGAGAUCAAGCCCUGCACCACCCCAAGUGAACGGAUGUAAAAAACGAAAACUCUACCAGCCGCAACAACACGAUAGCAAUGCUGACCGGUUUAUUGACGACGAAGAAGAGGAAAUUGAACCAAUCAGAGCCAAACGUGUAGAGAAAAAUCUACUGAAAUCCCAACUGAAGACGAUGCAAGAACAAUUAGCCGAAAUGCAACAAAAAUACAUGCAAUUGUGUACCCGUGUAGAACAAGGAUCCGAAGAGAGUCAAGAAGUGGAAGAAAUACCUAGUGAUAGUGAACAAAGUAAAAGAUCGGCGGCACCGUCGCCUGUAGCUAUCAGGACACCGACACCCCAGAUACAACAGCCUCCAACGUUGGCACAACAGGUGAGCAAACUAAAAAUUAGUCCUCCGGGACCACCGUUUCACAACGGCUUAUUGCACGAACACCAACAACAUAUGAGCAGUGCCGCCGCGAUGUAUUUAGGCGUGAGCCACAAACUUAUGAUGGAACAAGAAGCUAGACUAGCCAAAGAAGCAGCCCACGUAGCCGCAAUGAACAAUGAAUCACACCACCAACAAAAUCAAAAUCAUCAUCAUCAACCCCAAAAGCCAGAAAAUUUUUCUGACAGACUACACAUGAUGCGUAACAUUACGCCUACAAACUCUGAUUUGGAAGGACUUGCAGAUGCUUUAAAGACCGAGAUCACGUCGUCCUUAUCGAAUUUAAUCGACUCCAUCCUUUCGAGAUUUGUACAUCAAAGACGAUGCAAACAGCAGGAUGCCGCUACAGCAGCCGAGCAGCUAAACAAGGAUCUCCUAAUGGCCUCACAACUCCUGGACCACCGAAAAUCUCCACGAACCAAGAUUGCAGAACGUCCGCAGGCACCGCCCCCGCAGCCGAAUCAAAAUCAAAUGGUAAAUGGUCAUGGUGGUUGUCCACCUAUGAUGCCUGUUCACAAUAUGAACAACAUGCAUAAACCCUCAGAUCUUCACAUAAGGCCUCCGAUGUUUCAGCCCCCAAAACCCCCAGGCAUAAGUCAGGCUCCAUUGUACUCAAUGAACCAUCCUUUCUGCGUAUCAAAGCAGGAAACUCCCGAGCAAAACGAAGCUCUCAGUCUGGUGGUCGCUCCAAAAAAGAAAAGGCAUAAGGUCACAGACACCAGGAUCACUCCGAGGACGGUGAGCCGGAUCCUCGGCCAGGAUGGUAUGGGAAUGUCGCCCGCCUCCAUGGACUCGAACCAUUGUACUUCUCCACGGCCUCCCCCAUAUCACCAGCCGCCGCCGAUGUUGCCCGUCUCCCUUCCGACGUCGGUGGCGAUACCCAACCCCGGCCUUCACGAAUCCCAGGUCUUCUCACCCUACAGCCCCUUCUUCCAUGGACCAAGUCACGGACAUCACAUGGCGAUGCAGGCAUCGUCUUCCCCACCUCGCAUGCACAAGAUGGAACGGGAAUCACCCCCAAUUCACCACCAUCCCACCCUGCUGCACCCAGCCCUGCUGGCGGCCGCUCAACACGGGGGAUCCCCGGACUACGCACACAUGAGGCAAUCAGGAGGCUUGAACAUGGACAAUGGUGAUAGAAACUCCGAUUGCAAUUCCGGAGACAUUUCCUACGAUGGAAUGCAGCCUACUAUAUCCUUUUUAUGCAAAGAUUUUAGCAAAAAUCUUAGUGCACAUCAUCCGAAUAUGUCCUUAACUCCUGAGCACUCGUCAACAUUGACGCCAAUGCACCUAAGAAAAGCGAAACUUAUGUUCUUCUGGGUAAGAUACCCUAGCUCGGCAGUCCUCAAAAUGUACUUCCCCGAUAUCAAGUUCAACAAGAAUAACACUGCCCAGCUAGUCAAGUGGUUCUCAAACUUUAGAGAGUUCUACUACAUCCAAAUGGAGAAAUAUGCAAGGCAAGCAGUGUCCGAAGGUGUUAAGAAUGGUGACGAUCUUCACGUGGGGGGAGAUUCCGAAUUAUACCGCGUUCUUAACUUGCAUUACAACAGAAACAAUCACAUCGAGGUUCCUUCAAACUUCAGAUUUGUAGUGGAGCAAACGCUCAGGGAAUUCUUUAAAGCAAUUCAAGAAGGCCGCGAUGCAGAGCAGUCCUGGAAAAAGUCGAUUUACAAGAUCAUUUCCAGGCUGGACGAUCCGGUGCCGGAGUAUUUUAAAUCUCCGAAUUUCCUAGAGCAGCUUGAGUGACCGGUCUGUGAUGCCGGCAUGAAAACGGUGCCAUGCGGUAACCCGUGGUUUCCCUGUGGUAUCGUCCAGCGCUAAUUUUUGGCGCCCAACACCAGGAAGAAGCGAAUCGGUGACAAACAGCUGUCCACAAAGUUUUAGUUGUUAUUUGCAAUAAAGGUUUGAAGGACAAGGACAAUUUUUAAGAGUAUGUUGUGUUAAGUUGGCAGAACGGACAAUUAUACUUGCCUCAGGCUUUAUGUUCGUUGAUACGAACAGUGAAAUAUAAAAAAAUCAAUUUUCCAGUGAUUACCUGAAUAUUUACCGGAUAGAAUUUAUCGGCGUCAAGUCCUCAGUUUUUUUAAACCAGCAGUUAGCAAAGUUGAAAAUCUGCACUGUUUUCGUUUACUUUUGGCAUGUUUUUGUUUAUUGCCACUGUAAACUGUGCUGUUUCACGAUAUCCUGUAUAUAUCCAAAUUGUAUAUAGUAUUUAUCUCUUAUAUUAUAAUUUUUAUUAUUAUUAU